AUCAUCAGGACCUGGCUAUAGAGAUGAUCCACAUGAUUCAAGAUAUGAAACAUCUUUAUCAAGAGGUGAAUCGGGAGAAUCUGAAAGAAAUGGUAGAUAUUUCAUGGCUACUAGACAUAAUCAUUGGAGACAAAGAGAUAGAAGGUCAUCAUCACCAUCUACAAGAUCAUCAAUAACAAAUUCGCCACCACCACCUUCUCACCAUCGCAGCAGAUCUACCAAAACAUCCACUCGAUCAGUAUCUCCACAAACUAGAUCCUCCACUGGGAAUUCAGGAGGUUCUUCACCGAAACGUUCAGAUUUGGAACGUGUUAUUUCAUCUAAACGUCCUCUAAAAAUAUCAAUACAAAAACGGGUUGAAAAUAAUAGUGAGAACGAGGAUGAAAUAAAUCAUUAUAAAGAACAGGUUGAAGAAUCAAUGUUACCUAAUUUAACCGAAUCAUUAGAUGUUUAUAAAAAUCUACAUACUACCGGAACAUCAAUCCGUGACGAAACUAACUUAGAAGAAAGAUCUCUCAAAGAUAACGAGAAAGGAGGUUGGACAGGCUGGAGAAGUAUAGUUGCUAUAAAUGAAGAAAAAGAGCGAGAUCAUAAAAAAUUAAAAGAUGAUGCAGCAGAUUCUGAGACGGCUACCGAUCAAACUGCUGAUAUGGAUUUAAGUUCAGGUGAAAACGAUGAACAACCAUCACAAUCUCAAAAUAAACUUUCUAUUU